UAUAAAGGAGUCUUUCUCCAGGUGGAAACAGACUCCGGCAGCCGCUCACACUGAGAUCUUUGUCACUAACUGUCGGAUUUCCUGCAGAAAGAUGGAGACGCUGCUCGCACUCUGGAUCGCUCUCAGCGUCACGGCCUCAGUGUCUUCCACUACUACUGCUGUUGCCAUGACGACCACCCCAUCAGUUACAAGCAGCCAAGAUUUUUCUACACCUGCUGUAUCCAUGACAACUGUCAGCUUGACCAACAAGACGGAAACCAGUCCUCCCAGUAACCAGACGACACCAGAACCCACCGCCAGUCCUCCCAGUAACCGGACGACACCAGAACCCACCGCCAGUCCUCCCAGUAACCGGACGACACCACAACCCACCGCCAGUCCUCCCAGUCACCGGACGACACCAGAACCCACCGCCAGUCCUCCCAGUGACCGGACGACACCAGAACCCACCGCCAGUCCUCCCAGUGACCGGACGACACCAGAACCCACCGCCAGUCCUCCCAGUGACCGGACGACACCAGAACCCACCGCCAGUCCUCCCAGUGACCGGACGACACCAGAACCCACCGCCAGUCCUCCCAGUGACCGGACGACACCAGAACCCACCGCCAGUCCUCCCAGUGACCGGACGACACCAGAACCCACCGCCAGUCCUCCCAGUGACCGGACGACACCAGGACCCACCGCCAGUCCUCCCAGUAACCGGACGACACCAGGACCCACCGCCAGUCCUCCCAGUAACCGGACGACACCAGAACCCACCGCCAGUCCUCCCAGUAACCGGACGACACCAGAACCCACCGCCAGUCCUCCCAGUAACCGGACGACACCAGAACCCACCGCCAGUCCUCCCAGUAACCGGACGACACCAGAACCCACCGCCAGUCCUCCCAGUAACCAGACGACACCAGGACCCACCGCCAGUCCUCCCAGUAACACCACAGCAGCCUCACCUGGAUCCUCAAACACAACGACCAGCAGAUCACCAGGUUUUGUUUCCACAAAUAAACCAAUCACAUCCCAGAGUUCGUCUGUGGCCCCGCCCCUGGCUGGUGGCGGCAGUGUUCCUGGUUGGGGGAUUGCCCUGCUGGUUCUGGCUGCUCUGGUUCUGCUGCUGCUGAUCCUGCUGCUGAUCGGACUGCUGCUUUGGUGUUGCUGCUACAGGGGGCGCUACAAAGGCUUCAGCCCCUACGACCAGCUGACCCACGGAGACGACAUCCCUCUGUACACCACACACAGCCGCUUCGAAGGGCCCAACGGGAAACCACAUGAUGACCUGAACAGGCCGAUGAAGAACCGGACCGGGACGUACACGGUGACCCAAUAACUGAGCAGCAUGACGGGACCAGCGGAGACGUGACGUCACCUCAGAUCUGCACUCUGAACACACUGUGUGUUGUUUCUGUCCUUACGCUUUUUAAACUUCAUCUGACUGAAAACUUGCUGUUUUCAUUUUUAAUCUUGUAUUUAUUGUCAGAAACGUUAUUUGAAACACAACAGUGACAUUUUUCAUAAAAAUUCUCAGAUAAUAUUUAAAA